AUGGAGAAAGAAUAUCAAGAAGAAAUAGAGGAACUCAGAAAAGAAGUUUGUGAAUUGAAGCUUGCAUUGACGGAACGUCCAUUGGAUCACCGUGAAAGUGCUAUAAACUUUAUUCAAGAUCUUAAUCUGUCUACCACGGACAUGGUUCAGCAAAUCGGUCAGCUACAGCAGCAACUUGAACUAUGUAAACAUGAUUUGGAAGUCAGUGAAAAGAAAGUAUCUGACUUAAAGUCCGAAAAUUCCCAAUUACGGGAGAGAAUUGACAUAUUGGAAGUUUCAAAAGACAAUAUGACAACAAAUAAUACCACUAACAAUACCAUAGAUGAACUUGUGUCUAAAAUAGACAAACUCACUUUGCAGUUGAUUUCUGAGCAGUCUGAAACUAAAAAAUUGCAUAUUCUGAAUUCCGAAAAGGAUGAGGAUUUAAAUUCCGCCCGGAUGAAUAUCAGGGAACUCGAAUUAACUAUCAAGAAUUUGCGCGAAGAAAUAGUUGAACUCAGCAUGGAACGUGAAGCGUUGAAGGUACAAAUUGGCUCAGUUGACAACACAAGGGGAAAUUCACUCUUCUCAGAGGUUGAAGACCGUAGACGAAGAGCUGAAAUUCUUGUCAAGAAACAACAGGAGAAAAUCGUUGAAUUGGAAAAUAACCUCGCUAACAUACAGUCUGAAAGCCAAAAGAAAAUCCUUCAACUCCAACGGGAACUAGACUCGAAUGUGACAAAGGCAUACAAGGAGUAUAUCGUCAAGCUCUAUACUGAAAUUACUCGACUUACUUCAGAGGUGGCUCGACUCGAAUCAGGAUUUACUGGUGUUGUUUCUUUGCAGGUUGGAAAGAUCGGAGAAAAGGAACGAAUGUCUGCUGCUUUUGGACGUGACACUUUCAACCAGCAAAAUCUCGUUAAUGCUCUUAAGGAACGAAUUAUAGCCUACAAAUGUGCAGCAGACAAGGCCAAAUGUGAGGCGGUGGAAAUGCGUGAGCAACUCAUGUCCGAAUAUCGCGCCCAUUAUGACGUGAAUCUAGAAUUAGCCUACCAACGUUCGCUAGUCAAGAGUCUAAAUCAGGAGCUUCAAAUGAUUAAAUUAGCAGCAAGUAAUAAUAAAGGCAAGUGCAUUCUCUCUUCUUUCAAGGUUAUCUAUACGAGCUAAAAUCAGGCGGAUAUUGAAUCACCUUUUGAAGUGAAUAUCUAUUCUUCUUCUCCAACUAAAGAUGAGGUGAUAAAAGAGAGGACUUCUGCAGAGCAACCCCAGGAAAAGCUAUGCGAGGAAGAUAGAGUCGAAUGCAAUCAGUCGUGA